AUGGUGGAAUGGAGGGGGGCAUUCGGUCCAGUUCUACUGGCUAAAAAGGCGGCCAAGGCAGUCACCGAUUACCUAUUUGAACCAAGUGUCUCCGAGAUUGGGCGAUUGAAACAAAAGUUCGCAGUUGAGAAAGCCAAGACGGCGAGUAGGAAUCUUCUUUGGACGUACGGUACUGUCCGCGUGCGCUUAUGGGCUUUCCCUGAAGAAUAA